CGGCGAUGCUCGAGCUCACGCGCGCCAAGGCUGCGAUCAAAGCGCUCGGCGAUGGCUACGCAACGGCGGUCGAGGCUCUGCGCGGCGAAAUCCCGCUUGCGCAGCUGCGAAGUGAUCGUGAGACCGAUGUUCAAGUCCGCGACGCUUUGAGCCACUACGUGCCUUGGGACGAAUUGAGCGACGACGACCUCGCGCCGUUUGUGGGCGCGGACGGCGCCUGCAUUGUGCCCGCCGAUGCUAUCAAGCUCACAGUCGACACAAACAACUUCCAUGAGAUGUCAAGGCUGCUCGUCGGAGCGUUCGGGUCGUGCGUCUUUACGCUCUCGCACUUGACGUUGGAUGGUGACGAUAUGGCGCCGCGCCUCUCGCCGCUCGACACCCGCGAUGCCUCGUGGACGCUGGUCAUUGCGCUGGAUGCGCCCCAUUCCCGCAAACUUACCGUCACGUGCAAGGAGCGCUCGUCAACACUCGAGCUGGGUGCAGAUUGGGUGCGGGAGUCGUAUGCCGCGUGGUACGUCGACUGUGACGUCGAGCUUGCGCCUAUUUCGGCCGGACGGCGCGCGUACCUCGUCUACGCUGUGCAGCUCGUCGACGCACCUACGCAGCGAACAGCUCCGCCAGGCCCGGCCGACACCGCGUCGAUGCUGUCGUAUUUGGCGGCGGCGCCACGGCAGUUUGCGACUACGUACGCAUAUCGCUGCCAAGACGACGCAGCGUCGUUUGCUGAUCUGAACGCUGUUCACGCCGAGCUUGUGCACAGUUUUGUGGCUGCCGGUGCGUUCGACGUCGCGCUCGUCACGUUGACCGACGCGACGGCGGUCCCAGAGCUCUCGCACCAAGAGCUUCAAGCCGUGCGUGACGCUGUCGUUCAGUACAUUCUCGACAACGAGGAAGCGAUCGGCGAGGAAGCGCGAGACGCUCUGGGCUAUCUGAACGACGAGUUGACGUACAAAGUGGUCAACUAUUACGCCGGUCGGUCGGCGCGUCUUGAAGCAGAGCGUCGCGAUCGUCAAGAACCUUCCAGGCGUCCACCACCAAUUCGGGACGGCUACGUCGCAACCGACUUUGAUGCCAUCUUCAACUCCAGCUAUUAUAGCGUUGACGAGGGCUACAUUGGCGACGACGAUCUACAUGAGAGCAUCGACUUUAGCGACUACGCACGCGACAACUCUUACGUCGACCUCAACUUGCAGCCACUGGCCGACUUUGUCACCAACUUUGGCACGACGUUCAAGCCGAUUCCACCGCCGCCACGUACGAUCAUCAAUGUGGCCAUGCAUCUGCAGACGCCGCUGCCAACCGACUUGCCCGCGUCGCUGCUCGUCGGACGCACUGUCGGCAAGUGGGUCGCCACCGAGUCGCUUGACGAUCUCUCGUCUCCGGUGCUUCUCUUUUGGCCCAAGAAACACCGCGUGCGACUUCUCGGUUUUGGUGCAGCGUUCCAGCUGCUCCAGAACGCUUUCCACGCCCCUCACAAUGCGCUGCCACUCGGGUACGCAUCCUUGUCCGAGCUGGCGACGGCCGUCAUGGAGAUGCUCGGUGACUCGGACGUGAAGACAACGGACGCCGAUCGCGAGGCCAUGACGGCGUUCGUCUCAGCGUCUCGCUCGGCGCUGCUCCGGUCGCUCUACGUGACGCACUGCAUCGACGUUUUCGACGACACCAAGCGCAGUGACGGCGUUGCAUGGCUCAAAACGACGUGCGUUGAGUUUGGCUGGGAAGACGUCGGCGCCGCGAUCGUCCAGCUGGUCGACCAGAGCUUGGGCGACUGGCACAAGACGCAUGCGUACGCGUACUUGGACUGGGCCAACCUUGCAGCGGCGCUCCGGUUCGUCAUGGCGCUGCUCGAUGCAUUGACAGAGCUCAAUCAGCCGUACUUUCCCGAGCUCGUCGUCACGCUUUGGCAUACUGUCGUCGCCAACGCUGUUCGCUUCCGAGACGAAGACGAAAGUUACGUCGGGUCCUCAGACGACCAACGGACAUGUGCGCUGCAUAUCAUGCUUCAACUCGAAGUGCGUGUCGCUUGCGACUGGGAUGCGUCCCCGACGUCGUCGUGGUUUGGCUCGCGGCUCCCGUCGUUGCUUGUCGCAGCCAUUUGUAGCUACGUCACACCAGUCGGCUCUGUGGUCUCGAUCGUGCAGCGAUGUCCCGUCGCCAUGGCGCCGCUUCUCACGCUUCUGCCUGGUAUCUCGGCCAUGGACGGGACGCGGCCGACGCCGCUUCUGCCGUUGGUUCAAGACGAAUUGGAAGCGCAGUACGAUCUAGCCCAAGAAGAUGACUCUACUCUGCUUGCCGAGCGCCUCGAGGAACUGCACCGAUGGAUCGGCCUCGAAAAAGAUCUCGUCGCCACCUUCGCAGCUUCGUGGAAGCUGUGCUAUGAAACCACGGCGUGCGCGUUGCUGCGCGCUCUCCACCAAGGCUUGGCCCUCUCGCCCACUGAUGCGACUGCGAUCGUAAACUUGAUCCUGGGCUUCACUGCCUCCCUCGUCGGUAACCGGCACUCGUUUGACUGGAUGGACGACAAAAUCGUAGCCCACAAGAAGGCGCAAACCGUCACCCACGCUUUAUUGCUCAUUCUCGACCGUCUCUCGCCGUCGCACGUACCUCUUUUUGUCGCGGACCUCAUCGAGAAGGUCGGCCGAGCCCCGGUGUAUAUGCAUCUUGACUGCACUCGCACGGUGCUCUACCCGAUGAUCCGGUACCUCGACGACAAGCUUCCGGCAAAUUACGCGCCAAGCCGUCAAGCGUUGGUCGCAGCAAGUUCUGCCGAUGCUAGAAUCGGCGGGUGAUCUCGACUGCGAUUGCGAGUACUGCUUUGACGGAUGGGGUUACCGCUGCUCCGAUCGGGACAUGCGUCGUGAGCGUCGGCGCAUCGAAGCUUGCAUUGCGUAUCUCCGAGAUACGACAAAGAAGCGGGCCGUAGCCUCUUCGACCUCACGCACCAAGCGUCCCAAAACCGACGCGGGGCAGCGCUGAGCUGGAGUGGGUCAACUUUCUUUGCAUAGCGUUCAUUCAGCCCGUCCAGGGAUUGCUUUGUACCACUUGAAAGUACACUUUUUGUACUCUGCGCCUGCGUUAGCCUUAUGUAUAACUAGUUUCCACCAAGUAGAACAUGUCUAUACAAUCUAUUUGAUGGCAAAC